AUGUCUAAUAUCUAUCUAAUUUUAUUCAAAAAAAGGUUAACAUCUAUCUAUUUAAUUAUCUUCUCUCAAGGAAUCUAUACUAAAAACGCUAUUGUGCCUACUUAAAAAUUGCCUAAUUCUAUUAAAAAAUAAAACAAAGUAAUUUAUAAAAGUGAUCCAAUCACAUAUUACUCAUUGCUUAACCAAUUAUUUAAAUAUUUUAUUUCCAAAGACAGCCAUAUGUAAACAGCUUUAAAUGUAUCAUAAAUUUAAAAUUUAAUAAUACUUAUCGUCAGAUUAUAAAAUGUUGGCUAAAAUCUUUAUUUAUAUCAGUAAGACAUUCUAUUUGAAAUAUUUCUUUAAUUAAAUUUGGUAAUUUCUGAUUUAAUAAUAGCUAAUUCUUCUCAUAGUAUUAAUUGGUUAAAUAAAAACUAAUCCAACUUAGAACAUUUUCAAAUAAAUUUUACCAAAAACUAAUCUAAGUUUGAUUUAGAUCAAAAAAAAAUAUAACCUUUUUCUGAAUAUUUUGUGUUUGAAUAAUUGUUAUCUCAAAAAUUAAUCUGA